AAAUGUGCAGCCCAUAAUCGCGCACAUCGCUGUUGCUUUCGUGCUCGCAGUGGAAGAAAAGUUGGAAAAGAGAGUUUUAGAAUAGCGUGAAAUCUCUUAAACGGCUGUUAGUGUAAUAUCCCUCGAUUCAAUAAAGUUUUGACUACGCUUUUUUUCGGCGCGAGACAGAUCAACACAUUUUCUCAGAAACCCCGAGCGACACACGAAGGGGUCAACAUGGCCCAGUGGAAUCAGUUACAGCAGUUAGAGACACGGUACCUGGAACAACUGUACCACCUGUACAGUGACAGCUUCCCCAUGGAGCUACGUCAGUUUCUAGCCCCCUGGAUCGAGAGCCAGGAUUGGGCAUAUGCAGCCAAUAAGGAGUCUCAUGCCACACUGGUGUUCCAUAACCUGCUGGGGGAGAUCGAUCAGCAGUACAGUCGCUUCCUGCAGGAGAACAACGUCCUUUACCAACACAACCUACGGCGCAUCAAACAGCACCUGCAGAGCAAAUAUCUGGAGAAGCCCAUGGAGAUCGCUCGCAUCGUGGCACGCUGCCUAUGGGAAGAGCAGCGUCUACUGCAGACAGCCACCACAGCACAGCAGGAUGGCCAGGUUGCCCACCCUACUGGUACCGUGGUGACUGAGAAACAGCAGAUACUGGAACACAACCUGCAGGACAUCAGGAAGAGAGUUCAGGACAUGGAACAGAAGAUGAAGAUGUUGGAGAACCUCCAGGAUGACUUUGAUUUCAAUUACAAAACUCUCAAGAGUGCUGGAGAGUUGUCCCAGGACCUGAAUGGAAACAGCCAGGCAGCAGCCACCAGGCAGAAGAUGUCUCAACUGGAGCAGAUGCUGAGUGCUCUGGAUCAGCUGAGGAGGCAAAUUGUGACUGAGAUGGCAGGGCUGCUGUCUGCCAUGGACUUUGUGCAGAAGAAUCUGACAGAUGAGGAGCUUGCUGACUGGAAGAGGAGACAGCAGAUCGCCUGCAUCGGAGGACCACCAAACAUCUGCCUCGACCGCUUGGAGACAUGGAUCACCUCAUUGGCUGAGUCACAGUUGCAAAUCAGACAGCAGAUCAAGAAGUUGGAGGAGCUUCAACAGAAGGUGUCAUAUAAAGGAGAUCCGAUAAUUCAACACCGCCCCGCUCUGGAGGAGAAGAUUGUAGACCUGUUCCGCAACCUUAUGAAGAGUGCAUUUGUCGUUGAGAGGCAGCCUUGUAUGCCCAUGCACCCUGACCGACCUCUCGUCAUCAAAACAGGAGUUCAGUUCACCAACAAAGUCAGGUUACUAGUGAAAUUUCCGGAGUUGAAUUACCAGCUAAAGAUCAAAGUGUGCAUUGACAAAGAGUCAGGGGACGUGGCAGCCAUUCGAGGUUCUCGUAAGUUCAACAUUCUUGGCACCAACACUAAGGUGAUGAACAUGGAGGAAUCCAACAAUGGCAGCCUGUCAGCAGAGUUCAAACAUCUGACUCUACGAGAGCAGAGAUGUGGCAAUGGAGGCCGAACCAACAGUGAUGCAUCUCUGAUUGUGACGGAAGAACUGCACUUAAUCACAUUUGAAACAGAGGUUUACCACCAAGGCUUAAAGAUCGACCUUGAGACGCAUUCUCUCCCAGUGGUGGUCAUCUCUAAUAUCUGUCAAAUGCCAAAUGCAUGGGCAUCCAUCCUGUGGUACAACAUGCUGACCAACCAUCCCAAGAAUGUGAAUUUCUUCACCAAACCUCCAGUAGGAACAUGGGAUCAGGUGGCUGAGGUGCUGAGCUGGCAGUUUUCUUCCACAACUAAGAGGGGACUGACAAUUGAACAGCUCACCACACUUGCAGAGAAACUGCUUGGUCCAUGUGUGAACUACUCCGGUUGUCAGAUCACAUGGGCCAAGUUCUGCAAAGAGAACAUGAUGGGAAAAGGUUUCUCGUUCUGGGUGUGGCUAGAUAAUAUAAUUGACCUAGUGAAGAAAUAUAUUUUGGCUCUAUGGAAUGAAGGGUAUAUUAUGGGCUUUAUCAGUAAAGAAAGAGAGAGAGCAAUCCUGAGCCCAAAGCCUCCUGGAACAUUCCUUCUGCGCUUCAGUGAAAGUAGUAAAGAGGGAGGAAUAACCUUCACCUGGGUCGAGAAAGACAUCAGUGGUAAGACCCAGAUCCAGUCCGUGGAGCCGUACACAAAGCAGCAGCUCAACAGCAUGUCCUUCGCUGAGAUCAUCAUGGGUUACAAGAUCAUGGAUGCCACCAACAUUCUGGUCUCUCCAUUGGUCUACCUCUACCCGGAAAUCCCUAAAGAGGAGGCGUUUGGCAAGUACUGCCGCUCUGAACCUCAACCUGACACCGAGUUCCCUGACCCUGGAUGUGUAAUUCAGCCAUACCUGAAGACCAAGUUCAUCUGUGUCACCCCGUGUCCUUCCGUCUUCAUGGACUUCCCGGACAGUGAGCUACUUGGGAACAGCUUCACUGGGACUAACUCUGGCAACACAAGUGAUUUGUUCCCAAUGUCCCCUCGUACACUUGACUCUCUCAUGCAUAAUGAAGCAGCAGAGGCAAAUCCUGGACCUCUUGAAUCCCUCACUCUGGACAUAGAUAUGAGCUCAGAUCAUCCCUCACCCAUGAGAGAAGUGUUUCCAGCCUCUAAUGUCUCAGAUAUGGAUGCCUGCAGAAAUGCUUAGAUUUCUACCAUUUUAGUUUUAUAGUUUUAUUGUUUUAUUUUCACUGAAAAAAAUGAUUGUCAUGUACAUAGAACGCUUAGUUUGUUAGUUUUUUUUUUCUUGAGUUUUUACAAAAGUCAAAAGUGUGCAAUGCAAAUAACCUAAAAUUCUGGUAUGUCAGCCUCGUAUCUGUCUUGCUGACACUGAUUUGAUGUUUUUGUUUCUUUGAGACAGUUAAGAUUGGCCUUUUUGCUUUUUAUAUAUAUAUAUAUAUAUAUAUAUAUAUAUGUUGAACUAAAACCUGGCUUGUUAUAGGUGUAUAACCUUCCUUUCAUAAAAUCAGAUCACACGAUGCAAAGUUUGUGCAUGCAGGUCUAUAACGUCCCUUUUAGCUUCUGUCUGGUUUACAUUAAUAUACUGUAUUUUAUUGUUGCAGAAAAGUAUUUUACUCUUUUAUUGAAUGUCUUUGGGAGGUUAAUCGAAGAAUAUAAAUAUAUAAAUAAAUAUUAAGCAUAUUAGGAAAUUUUAUAUUUCCAUCAUAUUCCCCUUUCUGUUUAUAGAGCUAGUUUACAUGGCAAGAUUAAACUUGCACUGAGCCAACAGGAGAAAUACUGAAACAGAAUUAGUAACAUUAUACUGUAUAUACAGGCACACCAAUAUAUAUGCAUGCACACACAUACAGUAUAUAGAAAUAUGUUUUUUACUUCACUUAUAGUAGAUGAUUUACUGAUAAUAAACUGCUAGUGCUUUAAACUGGAAUUUGAUGGAAAAAUUGUUUCUUCAUUGUGUAACUACGUCUGUAUGGUUCCCAUUCUCUGUAUUUGUCUUUCCACUCUACUUUAUAGACGGUGUACUAUUAUAUAUACUGCACCAUGUAUAUUCUCUAUAUCGUCACAUGAAUUCUUCAUGAGAAACAGUUAUUCAGUUCGUCAUGCAGUUGAUGUGCUUGUCAUACAAUGAGUGAAUUCAGGGCUCAGGCUGUAUGUUUAGAUGCCAUCAGACCAUAGAUGUAACAUUUGAUAUUGAAAAUAGAAAAUACAAAAAAUGUACUGAAUAAUACACAUUUGAGCAUGUUCAUCAGCAGACACAGUGGACUCAUUUUAAGAGAUUAGAAUUCAAUGGACAUUUAAAGGUCAUUCUUCUCAAAUGAAUCUCAUCUGCCUUUACAAAAAUGGCAAUUACUGUGUGUUUCUCUAUCAUCGUCUACCUGUCAUCACCCGUACAGCAGCCGUUCUGCUCUAAAGGCUACUCAAAAGAGAUAGAUGGAGAGCGAUCAUGCAUUGGUCAUAGCACAUUGACCUUUUGUCAAGGUUCUUUGAUUAGACUUCAAGGUCUUUAUUAGGGUUGCAGUUACU